AUGUUUAAAGCCGAUAAAAGAGAAGACAUUGUACUAAUAGCAUCAGAACCUUUGACAUUUGAGAAGGCGGAUUGGUUAACCAUACCAUCAAAUACUUGUAUAGUUAUCACUCCUAAAUUAAAUGUUUUGCUAUAUCCUAUCAAAGAUCAAUUCUACACUCUCGACAGAUCAAAAAGAAAAUCAAUCAAUCAAUCUUCUUAA